AUGGCACCAUCUCAGCCCUUUCGCGUCAGUGCAACAGUACUACUGUCUCUCAUGGCAGUACAGACUGGUGUACACGCCGCAUUUGUCUGUAAUCAUGACAAUUCAGAACCUACAGCAGUCUAUAAUGCCUCAAAAAGCUACGUUGGGUGUUACUUAGAUCCUAAAGUGACGAUUUUGACGGCAGCGAAACUUAGCACCAUUGCGUGUCAAACCCAGCCCCUCUGCAGUCACCCUGUCUGUGAUACUUCAUUAAGCAUUGCGGAGAGAGUCGAUUCACUGGUCAAAUCCCUGACCCUGGAGGAAAAGAUCCUUAAUCUCGUGGAUGCUUCAGCUGGAUCUACCCGCCUCGGCUUACCUUCCUACGAGUGGUGGAGUGAGGCAACUCAUGGUGUCGGCUCUGCACCAGGUGUGCAAUUCACUUCCAAACCAGCUAACUUCAGCUAUGCCACAAGUUUCCCUGCACCGAUCCUAACAGCGGCUUCCUUCGAUGACACUUUGAUUCGCAAAAUCGCUGAAGUAAUUGGCAGAGAAGGACGGGCAUUUGGCAACAAUGGAUUUUCGGGAUUCGAUUUCUGGGCUCCGAACAUCAAUGGAUUCAGAGAUCCUCGAUGGGGAAGAGGGCAAGAAACACCCGGUGAGGAUCCUUUGGUCGCGCAGAAUUAUAUUCGCAAUUUUGUUCCAGGACUUCAGGGCGAUGACCCGAAGAACAAGCAAGUCAUCGCAACAUGCAAGCAUUACGCGGUCUACGACUUGGAAACGGGUAGAUAUGGAAACAACUACAAUCCGACCCAGCAGGAUCUGAGCGAUUACUUCCUUGCACCAUUCAAGACUUGCGUGCGUGACACGGAUGUGGGAAGCAUUAUGUGUUCGUACAAUUCAGUCUCCGGCAUCCCAGCUUGUGCGAAUGAAUACCUUCUCAGUGAGGUGCUCAGAAAGCACUGGAAUUUCAAUUCAGACUAUCACUACGUGGUGUCUGACUGCGGCGCAGUCACAGAUAUUUGGCAAUACCACAACUUUACUGACACCGAAGAAGCGGCAGCCUCAGUUGCUCUCAAUGCCGGUGUUGAUUUGGAAUGUGGUUCGUCCUAUCUGAAGCUCAACGAAUCUCUCGCGGCAAAUCAGACCUCAGUCAAAGUCAUGGACCAGUCAUUGGCAAGACUAUAUUCGGCAUUGUUCACGGUCGGCUUCUUUGACGGCGGGAAGUACGACAAACUCGAUUUCUCUGACGUUUCUACCCCUGACGCACAGGCUCUCGCGUAUGAGGCUGCAGUCGAAGGCAUGACGCUUCUCAAGAAUGACGAUCUUCUUCCUUUAGAUUCUCCGCAUAAAUACAAGAGUGUCGCUGUGAUUGGACCAUUCGCAAAUGCCACGACUCAGAUGCAGGGCGACUACUCCGGCGAUGCCCCGUACUUGAUCAGCCCAUUGGAAGCAUUUGGCGACAGCAGGUGGAAAGUGAAUUAUGCACUGGGUACAGCAAUGAACAAUCAGAACACCAGUGGGUUCGAGGAAGCUCUAGCAGCCGCAAACAAGUCUGAUUUGAUCAUUUAUCUUGGUGGCAUCGACAACUCCCUCGAGUCCGAAACGCUGGACCGGACUUCGCUCACUUGGCCAGGAAACCAACUAGAUCUCAUCACGAGCUUGUCCAAGCUCUCCAAGCCACUGGUAGUCGUCCAAUUUGGAGGCGGCCAGGUCGAUGACAGCGACAUCCUGAAGAACAAAGAUAUCCAAGCUCUGGUUUGGGCGGGAUAUCCCAGUCAAAGCGGAGGCACUGCUCUCCUUGAUGUUCUUGUGGGCAAAAGGUCACCUGCAGGCAGACUACCCGUCACACAGUAUCCCGCCAGUUAUGCCGACCAAGUCAAUAUCUUCGAUAUCAACCUUCGCCCUACAGAUUCAUAUCCCGGACGAACAUACAAAUGGUACACAGGAAAGCCGGUGCUCCCGUUCGGCUACGGCCUUCACUACACAAAAUUCAUGUUUGACUGGGAAAAGACUUUGAACCGUGAGUACAACAUUCAGGACCUUGUCGCCUCAUGCCGAAAUAGUUCAGGCGGUCCGAUCAAUGACAACACACCCUUGACCACUGUCAAGGUGAGAGUCAAAAAUGUCGGCCAUAAAACUUCCGACUACGUUAGCCUGUUGUUUCUCUCCAGCAAGAAUGCAGGCCCGGCUCCACGACCAAAUAAGUCCCUGGUGUCUUACGUGCGUCUCCUCAAUAUUGCUCGUGGAAGCGAUCAAGUGGCAGAGCUGCCUCUCACCCUCGGCUCACUGGCACGAGCUGAUGAGAAUGGAAGUCUCGUCAUUUUCCCAGGACGUUACAAGAUUGCAUUGGAUCACUCAGAGGAAUUGACUUUCGAGUUUACAUUGAAGGGUAGCCCAGCGGUGAUCGAGACGCUGCCUAUACCUGAUGUGCAGUAUAACUUUACUGUGCCCGUUCAUAUUCAGCCAGCGUCCACUGAAGCACAUAGUUAG